AUGUCAUUCUAUAACAGAUCUUUUCUACAGAUACCUUUGAUUAAACAACAGAUCUUUAAAUACCAGCUCACAAAUACAAGAUAUGUUUCUGGGGUCACCUUAUUUAAUAAUAGGUGCUUUGCCAUUCGUUAUAAUACUACCCAUAGCAAAAAUUUUAUUACAUGUAAUACAAAAUUAAAAAAUUAUUCAACCACUAAUCAAAUCGAAAAAACUAAUUCAUUCACUGAGGAACAGUUGGCUCAAGCUAAAAAAGAAAGACUUUUGGGGCUAGGUCCCUUUGUAUCGCGUCUCCCUGAAAAAUGGAUCCCUUAUGCUGAAUUAAUGAGAUUGGAGAAACCUGUUGGGACAUGGCUGCUGUAUAUCCCAUGCACUUGGUCUAUAUUAAUGGGAGGCAUGUUAACAGAGGCAACAAUACCACAAACUUUAGAAAUGCUAACUAUAUUUGGAUUGGGUUCUUUGAUAAUGAGAGGUGCGGGUUGUACUAUCAAUGAUAUUUGUGAUCGUAAUUUGGAUAAUAAAGUUAUUAGAUCAGUAGAAAGACCGAUUGCAUCUGGAAAGGUUACCGUAAAACAGGCCUAUGUAUUUUUGACAGGACAGACUUUGAUAGGUUGUGGUAUUCUAGGUUUAUUACCUACACAAUGUUGGUGGUUAGGUUUAGCAUCUCUACCCAUUGUAUUUACCUAUCCUUUAUUUAAGAGAUUUACUUAUUACCCACAAGCUGCGUUAAGUGCAUGUUUCACUUGGGGGGCAUUAUUAGGGUUUCCUGCAAUGGGCGUUAUUGCUUGGCCCACAAUGCUUCCAUUGUAUCUAGGUAGUUAUCUUUGGUGUAUGAUAUAUGAUACAAUUUACGCUCAUCAAGACAAGAAAUUUGAUAUUAAAGCAGGAAUUAAAUCAACUGCUCUAGCAUGGGGCCCCAAGACUAAGAAAAUAUGUUAUUCUUUGACAGCGGGUCAAUUUGCAUUAUACACAAUUGCAGGAGUUAAUAGUGGUCUUUUAUGGGGACCUGGAUUUAUUGGUGGAUUAUCGCUAUUUGCUUAUAGAAUAUUUACAAUGAUUAAAAAUGUGGAUCUUAAUAAUCCAAAAAGUUGCUGGAAAGCAUUUCUAAGUAAUAUUAAUAGCGGCCUUUAUUUCACAUUUGCCAUUGGUAUUGACUACAUCUUAAAAGUAUUUGGUAUUCUGUAA